AUGUUUACGGGAAGAAAAAAAGAUGCCAUUUGGAAAUAUUUUACUGAAGUAAAGACAGAUUCCAAAACAUUGAAAGUCAAGUGUGUUAACUGUCAAACACAAAUGUCAGCUUUAGUGGCAAGAAUGAAAACACAUUUUAAUAAAAAUUGUCCUGGAGCUGGAAGUUCAAACAAUGGAGAUGUUGAUACUCCAUCGUUUUCAAAUGCUGAUAUUUCAACCGUUCAAUAUUUAAAUACCACAUCAGUUCAAGGAAUUCCAAUAAACAUGUCUAGCAGAAAUGAACCAAUAAAGACUAUUCAGGUGUUACCAUCAUUGAAUCAAUUUGUUGUACGAACAACACAAGCUGAUAAACAUAAUUUGGAUAUUCAAGUUGCACGCUUUAUUUAUGCUACAAAUACUGCUUUCCGUGCAGUUGAACAUGUAGAGUUUGUCAAAUUGGUGAAUAUGUUACGCCCUGGUUAUGUUCCUCCAAAUAGGCAUAGUAUCUCCAAUGAAUUAUUAAAUCAAGUUUAUGAUUCUCUCACUAGUUUGGUUAAAAAAGAGUUGCAAGGAAAGACAGUAUGUAUGGCAUUGUGA